AUGAUUGAUCAAGUAUCAGGCACGUCGUCAAUCCAAGCGUUAGACGGUUUUGGUCGUCCUGUGGCAUGGUGGGCUGUGCUCAAAUUACCAUCUCAUGUGCAGUCACCCUCUGGUGUAAAGACGCAUGUAAUUCCUACACCAUGCAACUGUGCCGUUCCAAAUUGUAGCAAUGUCCCUACAAGUGGAUGGACAGCACUAGACAAGAGAGCGACGGGGCUUUGCUAUCUCUACGCAGACUCGACAAAUCCAAUAUUCCGCUACUUUCGAGAGAUUGGAUAUGAAUGUUUGGGUCAAGGGGGCAACGACCCAGUGAGUCAGACGCUUAAGCAGAAAGAUCGCAACAGUAAGCCUUACUGGGCAUUAUUCAACGACCAGCUUAAUGGAAUUGCUAGCGCUUUUUACCCUGAUAAUGAUGUCAAUCUUGGUGAUGACAAAAGGAUCUGUGGAGGUGGAGAUUUGUUCAGUGCUCAUGCUAAAGGAGCUGUGGUAUUCCAGGACGAUGGCAGUGGAGGGGUCUUCUUACAGACGUCAACACCAAAUUUUCCAGACCCAACACUCAACGAUUCAUUCGUGAAACUUGGUUGUCAGACAGACAAUAAUGUGCAGUUUGCACAGCAUAUGUUGGCCUUGUCACUGGCAGAUAGGGAGUUGAAAAAGCUUGGAGAGAAGCUACAGCUUGCAAGGCUGUGCUCAGGAAACUUUUUCCAACAUGGAUCACUGCGUAAACUUCUAGCCAGUGUCAAUUUGUUUGAAGACGGGGCAAAACAAGAGAACUCAAGUGCUGCAGCAUUCUAUCGUGCGCUUCUCGACCCAAAUUUGCCGGAGCAACAAUCGUCUGAUCCGAUGAAGGCUGAGUUUCGACUCAAAUUGUCGAGUGCAACUGAAGAAAUGGAAAUGGAAAGGUCUCGAGUGUUUGAGCCACUUCUUGAGGGACAAACAUUCACAAACCGAGCUGCCAACGAAGAAGUUCUGGUACUUAUCAAGAGUCCACGUGCUAAUGUACCGCCAUGGGCACUUGUAGCCGAAUUGCUUGACUCGGACGUGAGCGUGGCUUCGUGGUGGGAUGGUAGCUACGGCAUUCCAACCAUUUGUGCUGGUGACGUCUAUGCAGACUCUCCAUACAUGUUUUGUUUAAACGAAAGUUUGACAGGCGUAGAGCUGAAUGCAGACGGAUCUGCGCCAUACAACAUCGAAAACCUUAUUCAAGCCACCUGGCACAUGAGUGAUGGCAGUGCGAAUCUGACUUGGCAACUCGUCGGAGGUCGAGUCCCAAACGGGAAUCAUGCAAAGUGGGGACUAACGACACCUCGAUUCGGACAAGUGAAUGCCUCAAAUGCUUACGUGACUUUUGGUGAUCUCAACAUGGAGGGAUUCCCGUGCUCCAAGGCUUGCAACGGCUCACAAGCAGGUCGAGGUGGAAGCUUCUUUUCACUCUUGCAGCCAGAUUUGCACACAAGCUUAACGCACACUGUAAUUUCCGGUGCCUGUCGAUGUUCUCCUCCCACAGAGUUUCGACAUCAUCCAGGCAAAUUACUGCACACAUCAGUUGUAGUCGACCCAGCACUAACAACAUUCGAAGAGCUGCGGAUGUGCCAUCGCGGAUGCGUGAAGAAGAUUAAGGAGCGUCUGGAGCCGAUGCAGUUGCCGAGAUUGAGCGUAAACGCUUCGUCCUUUUGGACAAAAUAA